AUGGUUACGGACCACUCUUUCUGCGGCCGCCUCCGCCGUCUCCUCGGACUGCCGUCGCUGCUCGAGAAAACCAAGUUCCUUAUCCUCCAAGACGAACAAGGCUAUGGCGAGCGCAUCGGUUUUUGGCGGUGCAACUGCGGACACAAAAACACCAUCCUGCAUCUGGCCGAGCCAUGCCUCCAUCCCCUCGGGCUCCUCCAAUGCCGCGCGUGUCCACUCAACUGGUGCCCGCCCAUCCCCGCAGUCUUCACCACGCAGCGCCUCAACAUCACUUCGCACAAGCCCAUGUCGAAUGCGGCAAAUACGGUGCGCGCAGUCCCGGAACUGCAGACCCUGGCGUCUACCCACAUUUACGUGUGUCUGGGGUACGGCUGCGGGCUCAGCUGGCGCACCGACAUCAAGGCCGAGUGGCUAAGUGGUCACAAGAGACGGGUACUGUUGCUGGGCGGAAAGCGGGGAAAGCUGCAUUGCGACUGUGGGAUGAAGAUCUUUGAGCCAGGAAACUAUCACGUGUUUGAGGUUGGGCCUCUCAUGGCGAACUUUGCUUCGGCCUUUUCCAGAAUGGCCAUGGGUGGUGGUAGUGGUGGCGAGGGUAGUAAUAGCGCCGGCGAAACCCAGCCUAACGGUAUCGCGGAUAAUACUGGUUCUGGGCUUGACGCUCAAUCUGGGCAGCAGGCACGUGGGGGUGGACUGAUCGACUAA